AUGGCAAUGCCAGGGAAACCCGAGUCUUACACGUCGUCGGAAUACUCGGAUACGCGCACUGGACGGCCAAUUGAACAGCGACGGCGGUCCUGGUCGAGCUCAAGUGUAGAGAAGGAAGCCGCGAGUCCGUCCCAGGCAAGGACAGAAGGAGCUACCGAGCAAGUUAGGGCAGCCGAACAGCCACUAAUCACACACAAUGGCAGCAGUCAGCACUCGGCUUCGGACGCCGGUCUAGAUUUCGGCAUCCUCCCAUCGGCAGAGCUCUCCUCUUCGCCCCUACCCUUCGCACCCAUCGUACCGUCACCAUUGAAUCCCGCCUUUUCCCGAUCCUCAAGCAAUGAGAGUCUAGAAGGAAAAGAUGUCAUAUCCAGUGAUGACACACGGCCAAAUGCUCGUCGCACUCCGACCACGGGAGGCCUUCUUCACGUACGGCGCCCACCAUGGCCUCACCUGCGACCCCUACAAACCAGAAGCACACCAGAUGUUCGGGGCCAGGUCCCUCGCUCUUCUGGUACCCAGCUCACGCUGAAUGAUUUGGGUACCGAUUACACUCGAUACUUCAAUCCUUUUUCAGACAGCGCCAGCACACACAGUCGCAGCCGGAGAACUUCCAUGUCAGAACGGUGCUCCCACAGCCAGUUUGGCGUCCAUCCAGGCGCAACCACACCACCUCCCGGCGCACUAUCUGUGAAUCCAUUUCUCACACCUGACGCCUCUACAGCAGGCCUUCACCAACACGACAACAGUGUCUUUGACCCAGAAAGGAACGCAUCUUUUGUCGACGAUCGCUUGACUGCACCCUAUGAGGAGAAGGGCUUGGCAUCUUGGCCAUUGGUGUGCGAUCAGGAAGAGGCAGACGAUGAAAUGCACAUGCCUCGCGAUGAUGAUGACAUCAAGUUUCGCCCAUCGAUACGCGACCAUUUCACAAAAGACAGCAUUGCGUCCACGAUUGGCCUAGCAGUCAUGAUAUCUGGCUUACUGUUCACAUUCAUCGGACUUCCCGUGCUUUCUGCCCUCAAGAUUAUCGAGUACAACUCAUCUUAUGGCGUGCCACUGAGCAUGUUUCCCACCCCUUGGAAGUCUCAACCGUGGGCUACAGUCAACAACCGGAAGUACCCGUUAUUGGCCAAUAUGAGGACAGGCUUGAUCGAUCCUGAUACCCCUCAAGGUGUCAAGACGAGGACCGGUGAGUUUGGCGAUGAGUACGUAUUAGUUUUCAGCGAUGAAUUCAACGACAACAGCCGCACCUUCUAUGAGGGAGAUGACCCAUACUUCUAUGCUCCCAAUAUCUGGUAUGGUGCGACACAAGACCAAGAGUGGUAUGAUCCGGACGCUGUAACUACCCAAGACGGCACACUGCAACUGCGGCUGGAGGAAUUUUUCAACCACAACCUCAGGUUUCGGUCUGGUAUGCUGAACAGCUGGAAUCAGUUAUGCUUCAAAGGCGGCAUAUUCGAAGUAUCCGUCUCUCUCCCGGGGCCUGCAGGCAUACAAGGCUUGUGGCCUGGUGCGUGGACCAUGGGUAACCUUGGACGGCCAGGCUAUUUGAGUACCACGGAUGGCCUUUGGCCAUACACAUACCAAGCAUGCGAUGUAGGCAUCACGCCAAACCAAUCAAGUCCAGAUGGUCUAUCCCACCUCCCUGGACAGAGGUUGUCGUCGUGCACCUGCCCGGGUGAAGAUCACCCUACGCCAGGGACCGGAAGAGGCGCACCUGAAAUUGAUAUCAUUGAAGUCGGAGCCAGCUCAGGCCCCCAAGGGCAUCCGAUUGCAACCCAGAGCUAUCAGGUUGCUCCAUUCGAUAUUUACUAUUAUCCAAAUUAUAACUUCACAGCCUGCCCAGAUACACGGCUGAGUGGAUACAACACUUACACUGGUGGCGCAUUCCAGCAGGCUAUAUCCGCGACUACGGUUCUGAAUAAGGAUUGGUUCGACAAUAAGCAAUAUCAACGCUACUCCUUUGAGUACGCACCCGGCGAAGGCGAGGAAGCUUUCAUAUCCUGGAAAGUGGGCAAUCAGACAAUGUUCAUGAUGGAUGGCCGUGCUAUCGGGGCCAAUGGCAACAUACAAGCGCGACAAAUAACAGAGGAGCCAAUGUCGCUGAUCCUCAAUCUUGGGAUCAGCAAUUCGUGGACUUGGAUUGACUGGAAAGAUUUGGUGUUUCCAACAACUAUCCGUUUCGACUACGUCAGGUGGUAUCAGAAGAAGGGCGAAGAGAUGGUGACGUGCGACCCCCCAGGUUUCGAAACUACCGAGUACAUCAACAAGCACCCAAAAGCUUACAACAAUCCCAACUACACUACUUGGGAUCAAACGGGCUAUGGGUGGCCAAAGCACAAGCUCAACAACAACUGCUGA